UUUCCCCUCACUGCAGCAUCCCAGCAGCCCUCAGUCAGCGCAAGGGAUGAGCAGAGAGAAAGAGAAAGAGAGAAACACAGAGGAGACGGAGAACAAGGCGUGUCACCGUGCCAACAGAGAGGAGCCCAAAACCCAAAACCUUUACUCUGUCUGUGAAGAAGCGUGCGGAGUCAGACGUGAGCCGUCUCUCGCUCCGGUGGAGGCUGUCUGGACCCAGCUGUGUUUGCAUGCAGAAUGCCUCUAGUUCAGUGUCAGCCGGCAGGCAGAAGAGGGAGCAACAAGACACAGCUUCAUCUGCUGCUCCUCUUCCUCAGUGUGCUACAAACACAUGGAUACAUUAUAAUCCCUCCUGACUACAAAUAUUACAACCUAAAACAAGCUCCAAAGAUCACAGUUCAGCCCGUGUCUCACACCGCUUUCUCUCUGGAUGAUGUCAAUCUGGCCUGUGAAGGCAGUGGAGACCCGGCGCCCAGUUUCCGCUGGGUCAAAGAUGGCAAAGAGUUUAGGAGGGAACUGUUUGAGUCCGGGACCCUGACAGCAGAAGUUAAAGAGGAGCUCCGGUCUUAUCAGGGCUCGUACCGCUGCUACGUGGCCAAUGAGCUGGGAACCGCCGUCUCAGACCUGGCGCAUCUGAUCACAGAGCCCAUCCCAACCUUGGCCAAAGAGAAGAGGCAGAAAACAAGAUCGUUUGAGGAGGGCGAAAGCGCAGUCCUCUACUGUAACCCUCCCAAGAGCUCUGUCACUCCCAAAAUACACUGGAUGGACAUACAGCUGCGCCACAUCCCUCUGAACGAGCGGGUGACCACGAGUCUUGAUGGAAAUCUGUACUUUGCCAACUUAAUAGUCAAUGACAGCAGAGAAGACUACACCUGCAAUGCCCACUACAUCAGCGCCAGCGUCAUCCUCCCUAAAGAGCGCAUCUCCAUCAGUGUCACACCCUCAAAUUCUGUGGUGAAGAACCGGCGGCCCCAGCUGCAGAAGCCAGCGGGAUCCCACAGCUCUUACCUGGUGCUCAGGGGCCAAACGCUGACUCUAGAGUGCAUCCCAAAAGGCCUCCCCACUCCAGAGGUGCAGUGGGAACGGAUGGACAGCCCUCUGUCUCCGGCGCGGGUCCGGAUGCUGAAAUACAAGCGCUGGCUCCAGAUCGAGAGCGUGUCGGAGGCGGAUGAUGGCGAGUACACAUGCACUGCCCAAAACAGCCAGGGCUCCGUUAAACACCACUACUCCGUGACAGUAGAGGCUGCUCCGUACUGGACCAGGCGUCCUGAGGACCACCUGUACGCCCCAGGAGAGACUGUGAGGCUGGACUGUCAAGCUGAGGGGAUUCCCACCCCAAACAUCACCUGGAGCAUCAAUGGCGUUCCCAUCGCAGGAACGGACUCGGACUCGAGACGGCAUGUGAGUUCAGGGACACUGAUCCUGACUGACGUUCAGUACAGCGAUACGGCGGUCUAUCAGUGCGAGGCCACCAAUAAACACGGCAACAUCCUGGUCAACACACGCGUCCAUGUAGUUGAGCUGCCUCCUCAGAUCCUGACGGCAGACGGACUCGUGUACAAGGCCACAGAAGGGCAAACGGCUCUGCUGCAGUGCCACACCUUUGGCUCCCCACAACCCAAAGUCGACUGGGAGAUUUUCAACUCUGGUCCAGCUCUGGCCAAUGCUAAAAUGUCUCAGACGAGCGAUGGAAAUCUUCAGAUCAGUGACGUGAGUGAAGAUGACAGCAACAUGUACACGUGCUCAGUGAGACACAGCAACAGGAGCAUCAGUGCUGAGCUGCAGGUCUUGAACAGAACUAAGAUUGUGGACCCUCCUCAGGAUCUGCGGGUUUUACGUGGAGAUGAUGCUGUUUUGCAGUGCAAAUAUACAGUGGACCACAAGUUAAAACAACCCACGAUUCAGUGGAAGAAGGACAAACACAAGAUCACAUCAUCUGCUAAUGAUGACAAAUACAGUGAAUACACCGAUGGCUCUCUGAAGAUCACUGACGUUCAGAUGGAGGACUCGGGAAUCUACAGCUGUGAGAUCAGCACUAAACUGGACUCGGUCAGCGCCACCGGCUCCAUCACCGUACAGGAUAAGCCUGGUUCUCCUCACUCUCUGGGGUUGUCUGAAAAGAAGGAUCGAAGUGUCACGUUGUCCUGGAUGCCAGGCGCUGAAAACAACAGUCCUGUAUCUGAGUAUGUUAUUGAGAGGAAAGAGGAGCAGAAUCCAGAAAAGGGCCGCUGGGAGGAGUACAGAAGAGUUCCUCAAGACAUCAGACACCUGGAGAUCCACCUGCAGCCAUACAACACAUAUCACUUCCGGGUCAGAGCUGUCAAUGGCAUAGGAAUGAGCGAGCCCAGUCCUCCCUCAGACUCAUACAGCACGCCAGCAGCCAAACCUGACAUGAACCCAGAGAAUGUGACGACGGUGUCUACUGAUUCUAACAGUAUGGUCAUCACAUGGCAGGAACUGGAGCAGCGACAGUUUAAUGGACCAGGUUUUAAGUACAAGAUCUACUGGCGUCAAGCUUCAGGCAGUAGUCCACAUUGGAAGGAAAGUAGCGCCUCAAAUCCUCCGUUCAUCGUGAACGGCACCGGGACCUUCAUCCCCUUUGAGAUUAAAGUUCAGGCAGUCAAUGAGCUUGGUGUAGGACCAGAACCCGAUGCUGAGAUCGGCUACUCGGGGGAAGACUUACCUCUGGAAGCUCCUUCAGAGGUGGCAGUGACCGAGCUGAACAAAACCACUGUCCUGGUAAGAUGGAGUCCAGUCAGCAUGGAAUCUGUCCGCGGACACUUACUUGGCUACAAGAUCCAUCUGAGAAAGAAAGGCCCCAGAACUCACAGCCGAAGAAGCCUGCCGAUGCAAGAACCAGCGGCAGACAGGAACAGAGUGAUUGUGGUUCAUGGAAAUAAGGUGGAGAUGGUCGUGAGCGACUUGCAGUUUUACUCGAACUAUACUCUCACAGUUGCACCUUUCAACAGCAAAGGUGAAGGUCCGCAUUCAAAGGCAUAUCACUUUAGCACUCCAGAGGGCGCUCCUGGACCAGUUUCAUUCUUGACCUUCGAGAGCCCAUCUGAGACAGAGAUGACCCUGCGCUGGGGAGCUCCAAACAAACCCAACGGAGUGCUCACAGGCUACCUGCUACAGUACUAUGAACCUGUGCCUGGAAUUUCGAGCGAACAGCUGAUGGAAUCCAUCAACCUGCCCCUCGAUACUGAGUUCACACUGAAGGGUCUGAAUCCUCAGAUCCAAUACCACUUCAUGCUCAGAGCACUCACCGCUGCUGGUGAUGGGGAGCCUAUAGAAAUAGAGGGCGCCACCUUGUUGGAUGGAGAACCACCAUCUGCAAUCAACAUUGAAGCUGGACAAACAUCGGUUAAUGUCAGCUGGGUGCCAGGAGAAAGACAGCGUAAUUUUGCCUUUAGCUUCCGUUACCUGAAAAAAAGAGAAGGUGGUGAAUGGGAAGAGUCAGAGAAGGUCAACUCCUCGCAGGCGUUCUAUCAGCUGCAGGGUCUGACGCCAGGCGUUCAGUACCACCUGAAGAUCCAUCCUGGAAACAACUCCUGGGAAUUCAAAACAGCUGGACCAGAGCUGCAUGAGUUGCCCAGCAGCUUUGCGACUCAGGGCUGGUUCAUUGGACUCAUCAGCGCCAUGGUUCUGCUGCUGCUGGUGCUGCUCAUUCUGUGCUACAUCAAGAAGAGCAAGGGAGGAAAGUAUUCAGUGAAAGAAAACGAGGAGGAUCAGGUCAAUGGGGCCCACACAAAGAAAGAUGGAGAGUUUGGAGAGUACAAAUCUCUGGAGAGUGAUAAUGAGAAGUGCUCCACCAAUCAGCAGUCUGUCUGCGAGAGCAAGAGCAGCAGCAAUGACAGUCUAGCCGACUACGGAGACAGUGUCGACAUCCAGUUUAACGAGGAUGGCUCCUUCAUCGGCCAGUACAGUGGACGCAGAGAUCCAAACGGUCACGCCACUCACGGCAGCUCGGGCGCCACAUCUCCCAUCAAUCCCAACAUGCCUCCACCCAGCAUCAGCUUUCCCACGUCUGUGACAGGAUUCCUGGGGCCAAACUAACACUCCACCACCACACACACACAUCCUUGACCAUUUGAAUGAGGGGCCCUGAUGGUAUUAGACAGGAUAUUGAUUUCAGGACAGACAGUCGUUACUAUAUGACGCAAGAAACGUCAUCUGCAAACACAGCCGACUUCACUCUCAUUAAUAAUGACACACAUGCAUUCGACAGACACAAAUAACCUGCAGGACAGUUGCUUCUAACAUUCCAUCCAAGCACUGAAAACUGUUUACAAUGCUCACUUCGCUGCUUCAAGUGAUGUUUGGAUUGUAAAUUCUCCCUCACUGAAAGUUUUUCCAUGAAUACAGCUGUUUGAGAGUGUAGGGCAGACUUGGGCCUUGUUCACGUGGCACAUAAAUCCAAUUUGUUUUGAAGAUAGGACCGGUAGGAGUGACGGCCUGCACCAAUUUUAACGGUCAGUAGAACUGAGGUUGAUUCUUUAGAUGAUGUAGUCAGUAUUUCAGUCAGUACAGGCUAAGAUGCAUUUCCAGAAUUUUUUAUUAUUAUUAUUUGUUUUUUUACUGUUCAGACUAAACCAAAACAAUGCGAUUUUGCUGCCUCUCUGAACAAUUCCUUAUGUCGAAUACAUCAGCUGAAAUCACUGCGGUCAAUAGAAGUCAGGUCUUAAAGGCUGAAAAGCGAAAAUCUUUUUCUAUUCAUUAUGGUUUGAAGGCAUUCUUUUCCCAUUCACGAUUACAAAACGUUACAAUUAUUUGAAGUAUUGUUUUUGUAUUAUUCUUUUACUUAUGUUCUUUUUUAAAAUAUAUGAAAUACAUGUACUGUACAGUAUAUACAUCAUUUUUUUCAUAAAGGCGAAUAUAUUUGGUUUAUAUUAUCAUAUUUGUAUUUAUUUAUUAUUAUUAUUAUUAUUAAUAUUUUUGCUUGUAAUGCAUUUAUCUUUAUGAAUUUGUGUUUUAUAAAACAGUAUGUAUGAAAAUUAAUAAUCUGCCAUAUGUGUCUCUCUGUCUUAAUAAUCAAAGUUCAGGGCUUUUAACGGUGUAUCGUUUGUAUCGUUGCGCAAGUGUGUUACCCAAGUAAGUUUUUAAAAUAAUGGUGUUUUUGAUGCAAUUUAUUACGUUAAAUCCGUUUGAUGUACAUACAUCCGCUGCACUAAAGCCAAAUUUUGUGAUCUUUACACUAACAUAUAUUUUUAAAAGAAAAAAGAAAAAAACAGCAACAAAAACUGAUUUCCUGCAGCAAAUAACAGCAUGAGAUGUAGUGCUAGGCUAGUUGAUGUAGUGUGAGGCUGUACCUGUUGUUCUGCUGUAACGCUGAGGCCAAACCCCGGCCGGCAGAGUCGGAGAACUGCUGUGCUCCAGUGUCUGUGUCAUCCGUCUGUCAGCUUGCAAAUAUUAACACUCAAACAUUGCUAAUUAUGUACAGUGAAUUAUUACUAACAAUAACAGUCAUACAGUAUAAUCUUUCACACAUUUGUCUCAUGUCAUCAAUUGUCCUUUCCGGUGCGGGAAUUUGUUGAAUUGAUGUAGUUGGGCUGUUCCUGUCUGAAGGAAAUAGCCUUGAACAAUACGACGAGCCGAUGUUCAGCGAAUAGACACAAACUACAGAACAAACUGAUGGUAUAUAUUCUGAAUGUAAGUCAUAUUUUACAACUUUUAUUAAGUAUGUUUUCACAUUUAACACCUUUAUUAUUAGAUUUAGUGUUAUUAUUACACUUAAUCUGAUCUUUAGUUUAGAAAACAGGUCAGAAGUAAAAUGCAUUGACUCCUGAAUUACUAUAUUGUUGUGAAUUUCAUUAAAUGCAUAUUGGGGGGGGGGAUGCUCUGUGAUAAUGUCUUGAUGGGCCUGCAGUUUAAUGACAUCACCUCACAACCAACCCGUCUGAAGACUGUAGAGUGAGUCAUUUGUGACGUUUUAUAAUGGAAUGGGUAGAAAGAUCUUCAGACAGUAAUUAAAGCUUUGAGUUUUCUCAUAUGUCUUCUCUCGCAUAUGCCAUAGCAUCCUGAAUUGUACUGAUCAAAGUCAUGCUCCGAACGCCUAAAAUCAAAUUAAAUACUUGGAAUAUUUACAACAAAUGUAUGUUAGAGUAUGUAGCCUGUGUAUGCAUUAAAAUCUAUUUUACUACAAAAAGGACUUGAGUUAAACGGGUGGAAUUGCAGUGCAUGGCUUUAUACGAUGAGCUGUGAAAGACCUAAAGCACGUCACCAUCCCUCCUGGCUCUGUGGGAUAUCUCCAUAUUGUAUGUAAGCUUCUUCUUACCUCUGCUUUCUAUUUGUAAAUCAAAACACUAAAAUGAUAAUAAAAAUGUAGUCAGAGUGAUAUUUCAAAGCA